AUGUGCAGAAAUAAUGAAUAUAGAAAUCGUCUUCGAGAAGCAACGAAUGUUCUCAAUUCCUUUUUGGCUUCAGUUAAUUCACCAGCUGCUAUUGAAGAUCGUGGUGAUCAUCAAGUUCCUCAAUCAGUUAUUGAAAAAUCAAAUGCAAAUAAACAACAAGGUGGUAUUAAUACAUUAGAUGAAAUGAUUAAUGAUUUACCUGAAUCAUUAAAACGAAAUAAAGAAAUUCUUGAUGAAAUAAUUUUUAGAUUUUUUUUUUUAUAA